AUGGCAAGGAAAACGCUCAAUAACCUCCACGACAGCCUCCCACCACUGGCUUCGAAGACGUUUUACCCUGUCCGAAUUGGCGAGAUAUUUCGGUCCAAGUACCAAGUGCUGGGAAAGUUGGGCUACGGGUCUGUUUCUACCGCCUGGCUCUGUCGGGAUCUUGUCGAUCAUGAAUAUGUAGCUUUGAAGGUCUUCGUCGCUAAGCAUCGCCAAGCAGAGAACGAGGAAAAGGUCUACAAACACCUUCGCACCAUCAAAACCAGUCAUCCUGGAGCGAAAGGCAUUCGCUCCCUGCGUGAUCAGUUUCAGCUUCCCGGGCAGUAUGACUCGCAUGAAUGUUUGGUCGAUGGGCAGCUUCUUAAACCGAUCAUCAAAUAUUUGCUUAUGGCUCUUGACAUUCUGCAUACGGAAGCUCGAGUUGUAUACACUAAUAUUCAGGAGGGUAAUGUCAUGCUCGGCAUUGAGGACGAUGCAAUUUUUAAGAGCUUCGAGGAAGAAGAGUGGGCUGAGCCAAGUCUUCGGAAGAUCGAUGGUGACCGUAUCAUCUAUGCAACGAGACAAGUUGACAUUCCAGACAAUCCAUCACACGCAGUUCUUUGCGGCUUUGGUGAUGCUCAAUUUGGCGAGGAGACGUACAUUGGAGAAGUCAUGCCAGAUCUCUACCGAGCCCCGGAAAUUGUCCUUGGGAUACCCUGGAACGAAAAGAUCGAUAUCUUGAGCGUUGGCUUGAUGGUUACUUCCGCUCCGGCUCGCAUAGCGAGAAUGAUUGCGGUGUUGGGCCUACCGCCGAAGGAUCUCUUGAAAAGGGGACAAUUCUCCGAGGUGUUCUUUGACGUUGAAGGGAACUUCACCCCAGAUAUCAAGAUUCAACAAACGUCGCUGGAAAAUGAAGAGGAGAACCUGGAAGGAGAUGAGAAGACCCCAUUCCUCCAAUUCCUGAAGAAAAUGAUCCAAUGGGUACCCGAGGAGAGGAAGUCGGCGAAAGAGCUGAUGAAGGAUCCAUGGCUGGCGUUCCCUUAA